AUGGAGGAGUCGCAGGCAACGCCGACGCAGAACCACCAGGCCUCAGCCCCUGCUUCCUCGUCCUCGUCGUCAUCCUCAUCGGCAAAGCAGGUCGCGCACGAUUCGCACCCGGCUUCAAGUGCAACGACAGCGGCGGCAGCAGAUCCAACUGGUCUAGAGGAGGCGCUGGCAUCUGCAUCGCUCGGCGACGAUACAAAGGAGGCGUGGAAGAAGCGCAAACAGGUCCUCUUGGCCGAAGCGAGGAACCUGGUACCUGCUAACUUGCAACUGCACGGGUUGAGGCCACCACCGCCGCACUCGGCCUCGUAUUCAAACACCGCCGCGCCGUCAUCGGGCCUCACUGCAGAGCAGGCCUCGCAGCAGUCUGUGCUGCUCAAGUGGGACGAGCCAGGGUUGCGCGACGAUGUGCUCAGGCUCAUCGAUCAGUACCUGGAGGAUCAGGGCAUGGGCGCCACCCGCCAGGUUCUCGCCGAGGAGUGGAGUGGCAAGGCACGCGAGAGAGACGAGGCAGGUGCAGACGCCCGCAAGCUGAAAAAGGCCAUUCUCGAAGGCGCAUGGGACGAGGUCGACAAGCUCCUCGCUAAGCCCCUCGUUCGGUCGUUCAAUGCGUUCAAGUAUGCCGUCUUCAAGCAGGAGUUUCUGGAGCUGGUGGAGCAGAGAGAAUACCAGAAGGCCUUCACCUUUCUUAACAAGCGUUUGCGCUCUCUUGAACAUUACCAACCAUUCAAGGGGGAGUUCCGCGACCUGUGCUACCUUCUCAGCUCAAAGAGUGUCAGCGACUCGCCCUCCUUUCGAGCCUGGGAGGGGAUCCAGCCAGCGAGAGAGGCCCUCGUGGCCCAGUUCAGCGGCCUGUUGGAGCAAGAUCGAUCCGAGACCGAGGACCAUCCUGCGCCGUACGUCCCCCCACACAGGCUCAAGAGCCUGCUUCACAUGGCCGUGGCCUACCAGGUCGAGUUUGCUCGCUACCAUCCCAAGAAGGCUCCACGCUUAUCGAGCCUCCUGUACGACUAUGAGAGCUUCGUCUGCCCCAACGCCAUCAUGUCGACGUUCCGAGGUCACCGCAGAAACGUAAAGGCGCUCGCCUGGGUCGGCCUUGAGGGGCGCUCCCUCGUCAGUGGGUCGUCCGAUGGCACUGUCCGUCUGUGGCACACGUCCUCGGCCCGCCAGGAAGCCGUGCUGGAGCACGGCUCGAGGGUGUGGGAUGUGGCCUCUACCGAAUCUGGCGACCUGGUUGCAUCGGCCGGAGGUGACUCGCUUGUCAAGAUCUGGCACACCGAGAGCAAGAGCCUUCGCACCGCCCUGGGCCAUACCGGCGGCAUCUCACAAUCGACGGGUGACGUGUACAGCUGCGCCUUUGAUGGCCAGGGCAACCAGGUCCUGACGGGUGGCUACGACAAAGUCGUGCGACUGUACGACGUCGCAUCGUCUACCCUCGUCAAGACAUUCACCGGCCAUGGGUUGGGCGUGAGCAGCGUCACGUUUGACCCUGCCGCUCGCCUGGCAGUGACUGCGUCAAAGGACUGCAGCGUGCGGCUGUGGGACCUCAACUCUGGUCUCUGCGUCCGGACCGUGUUUGGCCACCUGGGCGAAGUGACGAGCGUCGAGCUCAACGAGUCCGGGAGGCGGAUGCUGACUGCGUCCAAGGACAACAGCAGCAUGCUGCACGAUAUGCGCACCCUCAAGCCUCUGCAGCGCUUCAAGGGCGCCCAGAAUACGAGGGCCAACUUUGUCAGGGCCAGCUUCGCGCACAACGGCCUCAUCGCCAGCGGCUCAGAGGACGGUGAGGUGGUACUGUGGGACCAGGAGAGCAGCGAGUGCCUGCAGACGCUGCAGGGCCACACGACUGGCCAGGUCGUCUACUGUGCAAAGUGGAACAGGGCCCAGAGCUUGCUGGCCUCGUGUGGUGACGACGGCACGCUGAGGACCUGGCAUUGGGACGAGGAGGGUCACCGGGACAGGCCGUAG